ACACACACACACACUGUGACCUCUGGUGCUACUUCCUCUCCACAGCUGCUGCCUCUACUGAUCGAUAUUGUACAGUGCCGACAGGCAGAAAAGUCCAAAUCAGAGCUGUCACUAUGGUAACUGUCGUCCUAUUUCAGAUCUGCUCAUCAAUGGAGGCUCAAACACUGGACUGGUGAAGGGGAACGGCUGACCCACUUAAUCCAGAGCAUCCAAUAGUGAGAGUGCUGUUUGGUGACCAUCACACCUCCAACCAGGGCAACAACAAGAGCUUGCGUGAAAGACGUAAGAGAUUGCAUGAAAGACAGAGGAAUGAUGUGUGUGUUUGGACCUGGAUUCUGUUCACACGUCUACCUGUUGAUCCUGCUGAUGGCCAUGUGGCACUACAUCAGGCCACUGUGCGGAGGUCUGGUGAGGUUGGAUGAAGAAGUGGACAACAGCGUCUCCGUGAUCAGUCACUCUGAGCAUUUAAAGGCGCAGCUAGAGGCUCUACUGCUGCAUGGGAACAGCAGCGAUGUGUCUCUGCGUGUGGAGACGAAAGGCGGGGAUGAGGUGAAGGUGAUCCAAGCCCACACGCUCAUCUUGUCUCUGCAGAGCCGCACCUUCCAGAAGCUGCUUGAGAAGAGGAACGGCAGUACGCUGGUGCUGAGAGAGAGUCCAGAGUGCAUCGCUGUUUUCGAGAAAUUUAUCAGGUAUUUAUAUUGUGGUGAACUGCAUUUACGUUUGGAUGAAACCACCGCUCUGCAUGAGCUGGCCACCAAAUACGGUAUCUCAGUUCUCCAGCAUGGCCUGACGGAAUACAUGAUCCAAAAUCUGGCCAGUGCUUCUCUGAGUGGCCACGUGGUGCGCUGGUACGAGUAUGCGACCACCGAGGGCGAUGCUAACCUUCGUGCCAGCUGCCUGCAGUUCCUGUUGCGGAACUUGACGUCGGUGUUGUGGAGCUCGCAGUGGUCGUCGGUCAGCGCCGAACUGCUGAUGGCGCUACUGCAGCGCUCUGACCUGGUGCUGCACAGCGAGCUCGAACUGUUUAAGGCCGUCGAGACCUGGCUGUUGCACAACGAGCCAGACAACCUGACAGUGGAAAAUGUAUUGCGUGCAGUGCGUUACCCUAUGAUCCCACCACGUGAGCUGUUCCGCUUGCAACGUGAGUCGCAGGUGCUCUUGCGCUACUACGAGUCAGUGCGCGAUCUCCUGUACAUGGCCUACCAGUUCCAUGCAGCGCCCCCACCACUGCUUGCCAAGUUUUUCGAUGUGAACUGCAGCCUGUUCAUCCCACGCAACUACCUAGCACCAGCGUGGGGCAGCGCGUGGCUCAUUAACAACCCAGUACGUGAUGACCGCACGGCUACCUUCCACACACAGCUGGGCCCGAGUGCCCAUGACUCCAGCAAACGUGUGAUUUGGAAUGCACAGUUCUCACCACGCUCACGUUCUGACGGUAACCCACGUAUCGUAAUCACACCCGCCUCCUCCAGCCCCGACUUCGCGGGUGUCAUCUUCCAGAAGACGGUGAUCGUGUGUGUGAGGCAGCAGGGCCUGCUGGUGGUACGCCGUGUGUACAACUUCCACCAAAGCACAGAAGAGAAUGGCGACUUUCUGACUGACGGUGACCUACAUGAGAGCACUUCUGAGUAUUUGGUGAAUGGCUGGUUGCACCUGCACGUUAUCAUCAAACCCAUCUAUCAGACACUUAUCUCCACAAAAAUAAAAUAAAAACACGGUUUGCUAUAAAUACAGGAAAUACAGGUGAUGGAAGGAUUUACAUUUCUUAUGUACUCUGUUUUCCCAUGACAAUUAAUUUAUUUUAAUUUUUCCCAUUUUAAUUAAUUUUAGUUUUCUCAUAAUCCCAAUUUUUUAUGUUAUAAUCAGCAAAUAAGAAAUGUUGUUUCUCUUGAGAUACCUCAGCAAAUUUGUAAAGGUCUUAGGAGAGUUAAACAUUAUUUUCCUGAGAAAAUUACAUCGUAAAUCUGAGAUUAUAAAAUGUUUUGAUUAUAAAUUGUAUAAAAUGGACAAAACAAAUUGAAUGUCGAUUGGCCCUACUGGGGUUUUUACUUUAUUUUUGAAUUUCUUAUGCUUGCAAAUUCAUAGAUAUACCUGACUUUAUGUACAAGAACAGAGCAAACCACAUUUGUUUUUCAUGCCAUUACAAAAUAUAUUAAAUAAUUAAUUAAAUAUUUUAAAAAAUGUUCACAUACAAAAUUUCUGAGCAUCAGCUUUGAAAACAAUAGAAUAAACAGUGACAGAUGUCAAUGAGAUUUAAAACUUUGGCGACAUGAUUAGUGUACCUGAGAUUCUAACAUAAACAACAUAAACAUUUUUUUUCCAGAAGAAAUAACACCAUAAGCAAUCUUACAUGUAGCCAAAAAAUAAUAUUAGCAAUGUAUAUUUAAACACAAAAUGAUACAGUUACUUACCACUGUUUUACACUGUGCUACUCUCCAUUCACUUCAGUUUGCAUUUGCAGCUUGUCAGUUAACACCAUGGAGUAGGGCUAGUACAACUUCUGACAUAAAUCUGCAGUAAUCUGAGCGUACUGUCAGUGAUCUGUUGUCUAAAUGCUCAUUUAUGCAGGUCUUUAAAUACCUUAUUUAAGGUAUAAUAAAUACAUUGGAAAAUCUCUAAGGCGAAAAUCUCUAAUCUCUGGUGAUAUGGCAGUGAUUCAUAUGGAUAAUGUACAGGUUUAACGCUCCUGAUGCAGUAGUGGUAAUCAUGUACAUUAUGCAUUUCAGAAAUGUUUACUCUAAAAAAAAAAAAAACAGUUUCAAUGUGAAAAUCUGUAACUUCACCAAUCUUCUGCUUUUUUUGUUUACUUCCUAAUAAAAUAAAGCCAGUGAGAGUUGAACUUCUGCUUCGUAAUUUACUUAGCACCAUGUGUAGGUGCAAUAUGUAAUUAUACAGUAUAUGUGUAAACAUGUUAGAUGUAAAACAGAGACACCUGCUGGAGACUUUUGGUUUACUUUGGCACAUGAAGGGAUAACAAAUAUGGUGCCAUUUUAUGGCUGGGAUAAGUGAUGUGGAAGGUGCCAGCAGGUGCAAAGUUGUCAGUCUUCCUUUUAACAUUUCCUUUUUUGAGCUUGUUGCCAUGUAAAAUCCUCCUGUGUUUGUUGUUGUUGUUUUGUUUCCUGUAAUGACUUAAAACACAUCAAACAAACUUCAUAUUUCCUUGUCCCUUGAGAACUGCUGAAAACCCCUGUAAGAAUACCAUAAUGUAAGUGACAUUAGAA